AUGGCGCCUCUAAUCGCAGUUAAUAUUUGUCUUGUCUCACCUUCUUUUGAUGGUGCCGCAAUCCCUCUUUCAUGGUCUUUGUGUCCUGCAGAAGGUUACGCUGAUAUGCAGUGGGACAAGGAUAAAUCGUAUCGACUAAAAGCGUUAGAGGAAAAGGUACUUCACCGCGGUUUUGGUUAUCCUCACUGCACAGUUGCUCAGCUUUGUAUUGCCAAAACCGAUAUGGAUGCCUUGCGAAAACUGGUGCGGCAGAUUUGGAUUGAACUCCGUGAAACACUCGAAAGUAAAGAGAAACUGUGUUUAACAACCUUGGAUAAUGGCCCCGCCUUCGCCAAAACAGCAGACGGGACGGAAAUUCGUUUACCCAACAUUGUCAUUGAACCUUCUGAGACCCUGUGUGAGUUGCAUAAACAAAUUGUGACAGCUGUAAAACCGUUCCACGUCUCUGGGGCAUCAUUAGAGGAGGGAAGAGCCGCAUUUCACCCGUCCUUCCCCGCAGAUAAUGAUAUCACAGUGGAUUGGAUGAUGGACUAUUUGAGUAAGUAUGCAUUAAAGGCGUACCGGCCGCACAUCACACUUGGGGCUUCACCAGUAGUGGUAACCGAGACGUCCGUGUUUAAGAGUAUACAUGUGCCAUGGAGGGAUUGUCGUCUCGUUGUGAGUCGUAUGGGGAAUUACUGCUCCUGUUUUGAAAUUCAAGAAUGA